GGGAUGGAUUUGGGUGGGUGGGUUGGCGUGACAGCAAUCUGACGGCCGUGCGGGUGGGAGCGGCUGGAUCGGACUCCACACCGCGGCGCCCUCACCUUGCUUGUUUGCCCUGCCCCUGCUUGCAUCAUCAGCUUGCUUAGCCUUCCUGCACCGCUGUGCCUGCUUCAAGGGGGCUGGCGCCAGAGCUCAUGGUCAUGGGGAUAGGGGUUGGGUCUCUGGAAGCGGCACUGGUGGAGGAAAAGAGAGUGAGCGGCGAGAGAGGCGCUACCUCAGGUCCACCUCCCUUCGCCACCGCUCUUGUUUGCUAUGAACACGCGCGGCACGCUUCAUUUGGAAAGAGAAAGAGGGAGGCAGUUUUGGUCUGCUGGUUUUGGCAUUUAGGGUGAAAAGGAGGAUGCAACGAUUAAAGGAAGUAGCCGAGAAGUAACGGAAAAGGCAAGAAAAGUUGGAUUUAACAUGCUGAGAGGGUGCAGAGAAUUGGGGAAUUGAGCUACAACUCGAGAUAGAUCUGGGGAGAAGCGAUCUCCUUUCGUCGUCAUACCUCCUUGCCUCCGCGGCCGCCGGCGCCGGCGCCGGUUGCCCAUCCCCGCCAGGGAUUCGUAGGCUUCUCCGUGAUCGUGGAGUUCUUCGGUGGGAUCACGAGCUCGGCUGUUUUUGCUGCCUAUUGAAGGAAUACUGAAGAUGGCAGCCCCAAAUUCUUCAGCGGUAUCAGUUGAUCGUGAUCAUAUAUUGCCUGGUUUUCCCCAGCCUGGUUUUGCCAAGCUUCAGGGUAAAGAUUUUGAGUACUUUAUACAGAAAUAUUCAAUCAUCUUGGGGCGCAAUACUAAAACAUGCAAAGUAGAUUUGGAUCUUUCUGAAUUUGGUGGGGGCAGAGGCCCACGUGUUUCCCGUCAUCAUGCACGUAUAUUCUAUGAUUUUGAUCGCCACCAUUUUGCCCUUGAAGUUCUUGGCAAAAAUGGAUGCAGCAUCGGGAAUUUCUCUUAUCUCCCAGGUUGUGAUCCAAUUAAACUGGAAUCCCAGAACCUCAUUGAGAUUGCUGGCAGAAAAUUCUACUUUCUCCUAGCAAUUCGCUCUGUUGCUGCCACUCUUGCUGCUUGGGGUGCUCAUGCUUCCUCGGUGCCCCAAUCAUCAUCCUUGAUGCUUCCUGAUGGCCCUGGGCAUUCCUAUGCUGAUGUUUAUGGCCGUAGCAAUGGUGAAAAUGGGGUGAGGCAAAGCGGGAGGUUCUCUGGAGAACUGGACAUCUCUAACAGCGAUAGCAUUACUGCUGAUCCAGCUGUAACAGAUGGUGAAUCUGAGAAUGAUACAGAGGAUCAACAACUCCUGGAUGAAGAGAAAGAUAUCGUGUCAUCUCUUGUACUCCUGAUACCUGACAUAUGUAGUCCUGGAGAAUGGCUGCCUAUGGAGAAACUCCAUUCAGAGCUUCUUGAACGCUUUGGUAAUAACUGGCCUAGUGCCAGGGUCAGGAGGUACCUGCAACAACAAGACGGCUCAGUCUCAUCAACUGAAACAGAAGGCAGGCCGUGGUGCAGCCUAUUGCCACUACUGAGGAAGUAUCCAGAUGAUUUUGUCCUGAGCUCAGUGACCAGAGGGGAAGUAACAACAGAGUAUGUUGGGUUGGUAUCCCUAGUGUCUUUGGGGAAUGGACCAUGAACCUUAAAACCAUUCUCUGCAUUCUGAUGCUGCUCAGGCCAGCAUCAGCCUUUGUUCUAAAGAAACAGGGACAUGUCGCUGUUUGUAUCCGAAGCUCAUGUUGUAGGGGCUAUCAUGAUGGUAUUGUAAACCUGUGCACCUUCGUUGUGGGUAUCUUUAGGAUUUGAUAUGUGCACUCCAUUGCAACAAUUUGCAAACUUUCUUUCGACAGAAUUGGUUGUGUUUGGACAA